CUACCAUUAACUCAAAAACAACUUACAUUACAGCAUUCUUACAUUCAGGAGUGAAAUAUUUUUAGUUACUAGUUACUGUUCUAUAAACUCAUUUUUGGUUGAGACUUGAGAGAAAGAUGGACAUGUUGCAUAAGAUUUCCAAGGCAAUCAAUGGCGAAGACCGCGAAAACAGGACUUUUCGAGGGAGGGUUGUGUUGAUGAAGAAAAAUGUGCUGGACUUCAAUGACCUCAACGCGUCGAUUCUUGAUCGUGUGCAUGAAUUGUUUGGCAAGAAAGUAUCUCUGCAGCUCAUUAGUUCUGUAAAUAGCCAAUCUUCUGCAGUGAACGGAUUGAGAGGGAAACUUGGAAAACCAGCAUAUCUGGAAGACUGGAUCACAACAGUCACACCUCUGGCUGCUGGUGAAUCAGCUUUCGAUUGUAUGUUUGAUUGGGAGGAAGAUAUUGGCUUGCCAGGAGCAUUCCUCAUCCGAAAUUUUCACCAUAGUGAAUUUUACUUGAAGACACUUACUCUUGAAAAUGUUCCGGGGCAUGGUAACAUUCAUUUUGAUUGCAAUUCUUGGGUUUAUCCAGCUGAAAAGUACAAAACUGAUCGUAUUUUCUUCACGAAUCAGACAUAUCUUCCUAGUGAAACACCGGCUACACUACUCCAAUACAGAGAAGAAGAGUUGGUGAAUUUAAGAGGAAAUGGAAGUGGGAAGCUUGAAGAAUGGGAUAGAGUGUAUGAUUAUGCGUUUUACAAUGACUUGGGAGAGCCUGAUAGGGAUCUUAAGUAUGCUCGGCCUGUUCUUGGAGGCUCCUCAGAGUACCCCUACCCUCGUCGUGGAAGAACAGGAAGGCCACCAGCAAAAACAGAUGCAAAAAGUGAGAGUCGCUUGCCACUUAUUAUGAGCUUAAACAUAUAUGUUCCCAGAGAUGAACAAUUCGGACACUUGAAGCUCUCUGAUUUUCUUGCUUAUGCAUUGAAAUCCAUAGCUCAAGUUCUUCUACCUGAGUUUGAGGCUCUAGCUGACAGCACACCUACUGAGUUCGACACAUUUGAAGAUUUACUACAACUCUAUGAAGGAGGAGUCAAACUACCUGAGGGCCCUUUACUUGACAAUGUCAAGGAAAAAAUACCAUUUGAAUUGCUAAAAGAACUCAUCCGAACUGAUGGUGAGGGGUAUGCUAGAUUCCCCAUGCCAAAGGUUAUCAAAGAGGACAAGUCUGCUUGGAGAACUGAUGAAGAGUUUGCUAGAGAAAUGCUGGCCGGAGUUAACCCUGUUAACAUCUCUCUUCUUAAAGAGUUCCCACCAACAAGUACUCUAGAUCCCAAAAUCUAUGGUGACCACAGCAGUUCAAUCACAAGAUAUCACAUUGAAAAUAGCCUGGAUGGUUUAACAGUACACCAGGCAAUACAUGCCAAGAGGCUAUUCAUAUUAAAUCAUCAUGAUAUGUUGAUUCCAUACAUGAGACGAAUAAAUGCAACUUCCACAAAGAUUUAUGCUACGCGAACAAUUCUUUACCUGAAAGAAGAUGGAACACUAAAACCACUAGUGAUUGAACUAAGUUUGCCACAUCCAGAAGGAGAUCAUUAUGGAGUUAUCAGCAAAGUGUACACUCCAGCUGAAGAUGGUACGGUUGAGGGUACCAUUUGGCAGUUGGCUAAAGCCUAUGUUGCUGUCAAUGACUCUGGCGUCCAUCAGCUCAUUAGCCACUGGUUGAAUACACAUGCAGUAAUAGAGCCAUUUGUAAUUGCAACAAAUAGGCAGCUAAGUGUCCUUCAUCCGAUACAUAAGCUUCUCCAUCCUCACUUCCGCGAUACAAUGAGUAUAAAUGCAUUUGGUAGGCAGAUUCUUAUCAAUGGUGGUGGAAUUUUGGAGCAAACAGUCUUUCCAGGACCAUAUGCUAUGGAAAUGUCUUCUCUGGUAUAUAAAAGUUGGAACUUUACUGAACAAGCACUUCCUGUUGAACUCAUGAAGAGGGGAAUGGCAACUGAGGAUUCAAGCUCAAGACAUGGUGUCCGGUUAGUGAUUGAGGACUAUCCAUAUGCAGUAGACGGGCUUGAGAUAUGGUCAGCAAUUAAAACAUGGGUUGAAGAUUACUGCAACAUUUACUACAAAACAGACGACGUUGUCCAAAAUGACAAUGAGCUUCAAUUGUGGUGGAAAGAAGUACGCGAACAAGGACAUGGUGACAAGAAAAAUGAACCUUGGUGGCCAAAAAUGCAGACUCGAAAAGAGCUGAUAGACUCAUGCACAAUUAUCAUAUGGAUAGCUUCUGCUCUUCAUGCAGCUGUCAAUUUCGGUCAAUUUCCUUAUGCAGGAUACAUGCCAAACAGACCUACAAUAAGCAGGAGACUCAUGCCUGAGCCUGGCACACCUGAGUUCGAAGAACUCAAGUCAGACCCCGACAGAGCUUACUUGAAAACCAUCACAGCUCAACUUCAGACAUUGCUUGGAAUUUCCUUAAUAGAGAUAUUGUCCAGGCAUUCUUCGGAUGAGAUUUAUCUCGGGCAAAGAGACAAUGCUGAAUGGACCAAGGACGCAGAGCCACUAAAGGCAUUUGAGAAAUUUGGAAAUAAGUUGAGAAAGAUUGAGGAGAAAAUAACUGAGAUGAACAAUGACAUGAAACUCAAGAACAGGGUUGGGACAGUUGAAGUGCCUUAUACAUUGUUGUAUCCUACCAGUGAAGGUGGCCUUACUGGCAAGGGUAUUCCCAACAGUGUUUCAAUUUAAUUGCUUCCAUUUGUAAAUUUCAUUCUUAAUUAUUGUUGUGUUUCUGUAAAUCAUGUUGCACUCUGUAAGAAGGCAUGCAAAGCCAAAUUUAUAUUCAUUCAAUCUCUUGUAAAGAUAAUUGUAACACUUAAUUUAUCUUAUUUCAAAUCACA